AUUUGAUAAUUUUGAGGCGUCAAGAACUUUCGACGACAUUUCACGACGACCACGCCCACUAAUCGACCACCCGACCUAACGACAAACACUCACAAUGGUAAGAGGCGUUCCUGUUGGCAUGCUGCCAGCUCGACGGAUGGGAUGGGAUCAGAAGGCUAAUUACUGCGAUGCGACAGUCGUCCGGAAAAGUUAAGACCGGCCAACUCUGGUCCAAGAGCAAGACCGACCUCGCAAACCAACUCGGGGACUUGAAGAAGGAGCUGGGUCAAUUGCGAACACAGAAGAUUGCUGGAGGAUCGGCGUCGAAGCUCACAAAGAUGUGCGUAUUUUUUUCUGGGCAGUGGGGGAUAUAAACUGUUCCCCGCGAGCGAUUCGAAUUUUGAUACUGGGAGAAGACAAUUCCACCAAGCUUGCAGGUUGCUAAUGGAUGGUUGUUUUCUGCAGUCACGAUAUCCGAAAAUCCAUCGCAAAGGUUCUCACAGUCAUCAACGCCAACCAACGCGCCCAACUCCGUCUGUUCUACAAGGGAAAGAAGUACGCUCCUCUCGAUCUCCGACCAAAGCAAACACGUGCUAUCCGAAGACGCCUGUCCAAGAACGAGAGUGAGAAGAAGUUGGAGAAGACAAAGAAGCGAACGGUUCACUUUCCUCAGCGAAAGUAUGCCAUCAAGGUACGUCGAAUAUAACACUUCGACGGAGGGCAAAAUACAGGGCUGCACGGAGUGGAAGCUGACAUCUUGAAACAGGCCGAGGCUUAGGUAUUGAUGGAAAUUUGGGAUUUGAUUUGUGGCAUGGCUUUCUUCGCAAAUUGGCUUGAUUUUUUUCAAGAGUUGCGGUGUAUCAUUGAGAAUAGCAUAGGCUGGCAACGGAGCCGCCCAAAAAAUCACGACUUUUAAGCAAAGGCUUUCCACAUUUGUCAAUGGAGUGACGUGAUCAAAAGGAUUGAUCGUGUAUUGUAGUAUUCGACUUUCCCGAUUCCGUUACGAUAUUUACGAGCAAGAUGGUCCAGAGGCGCCCGACGACAAAAAUUUUGAGAUUGUAGGAGGGAGUUUUUAGGUGAAAUACAAAUUUGGAGGGACCACCAAAAUCGACGCAAUCGAAAGUUCAUAUCAGAAGAAAAUCUUUUUACUAU